UUCGUUCUUUCUAUACUACCACUCCUGGCGUUCAGCUCCAACUCGGCUCAGUCCCUCGCCGGCAAUCUCACCGAAAGGAUAUCACGAAAUCCCCAUUAUUCCGCAAUGUCGUCCGCCCAGCAAUUGAUCCUGGCCGUCUUGUUGGUUGCCAUCACCAGCUGGACCACCAGCGUGACAUGCAAAUCCGUUCAGCCGUUGAAAAAGGAGGUGUGGAAUGAGCUGAAUUGCAACAAACCUCAAUCACGACUCGCCUACCUGGAGGAUGAAUACCCCGACUACAAUUCGGAGGCCGUUUACCUGCCUCACGCGGCCGUCGUUCAGUAUUGCGACAAUUCGCUCGGCUGUUGCCGGAAAGGUUAUCUCUACGUGGCUACCAAGGAGGAAAAGAUGACCUUCGCCUUCCAAGAAAUCCUGCACGACACUAAGAUUAAAAAGGAAAUUGAAUUGACAAAUCAUUUACGCUGCGUCUGUCGAAGCAUCGGCAGCCAUUAAAGGCCCGUGAGCAUUCUGUUGUCGACCGUAUUAUCUUUGAUUCUUUUUUUAAAAACAAAAUAGCUCAUUUUUAUAAUCGUUGAUACUCAAUUAGUGCUAGAUUAAAUAUACCUAUUUUCGACGCC